AUGACAUCUUCCUAUGUCAACCUUUUUCUUAUAUUUGUCCCUAUCGCUAUCGUCUUUUCUACCCUUAUCCACGCGUCAGACACUACUGUCUUUACUCUGAACUUUAUCGCUAUUAUUCCUUUGGCAAAACUACUGGGAUUUGCAACGGAAGAAAUUGCCCUAAGAUCUGGAUCUACUGUUGGCGCCUUAUUAAAUGCCACAUUUGGUAACGCUGUUGAAUUGAUUUUGGGCAUCAUCGCUCUAAAGGAAGGAUUGAUUCGAGUUGUGCAAGCUUCUAUCUUGGGUUCAAUCUUAUCCAAUAUAUUGUUGGUUCUUGGUUUUUGUUUCUUUCUGGGUGGCCUUAAUCGUUCCGAGCAAACCUUUAAUCAAACAGCGGCCCAAACGUCUUGUUCUCUUCUUUCUUUAACAACGUUAUCUUUACUUGUACCCGCAGCAUUUUCAGCUACGAUCCCAAAGGAUAGUCCUACACAUGGAAUCCUUGAUUUAAGUCAUGGAACUUCUAUCGUACUAUUGAUUGUUUAUGUCUUGUACUUGUUAUUCCAGCUCAAGACACAUACUCACUUGUAUGAGGACGAGGCAGAUGAGGAAGAGGUUCCCACGACAACUCUUGUUUUCUCUGUUGCUUUACUAUUAGUGAUAGCUGCUAUCAUUUCAAUUCAUGCAGAAUAUCUUGUAGGAGCUAUUGAAGGCGUAGUAGAGAAAUGGGGAAUCAAUGAGACCUUUGUUGGUAUCAUUUUAUUGCCUAUUGUAGGAAAUGCUGCUGAGCACGUUAGUUCAGUUACAUUUGCUAUCAAGGACAAAAUGAACCUUUGCAUUGGCAUUGCUAUUUCAUCCUCACUUCAAAUUGGUCUAUUGGUUACACCCGUACUUGUGUUGACUGGUUGGGUCAUUGAUCAACCCAUGAGUUUAUUCUUUGAAAACUUUGAAACCGUUGUCCUUUUCACCAGUGUGUUGAUCGUAAACUAUUUGAUACAGGAUGGUAGAUCAAACUGGUUAGAGGGUGCUCUGUUAUUAUCCUCUUAUGCCAUUAUUGGUUUAGCAUUUUAUUUCCACCCCUAAAUGUAAACCCACAAGUUGAAAGUAGCUUUAUUUCUAUGAAUAAACAUUUUAUUCUUUAAAAUGGAUAUUGUGCAUCACAC